AUGGCUCCUGAAACAGUCGAGCCUUCGGUGCUCGAGUUGGGACUCAUCACUGAAAACGAUCUCUCCGUGUCCCGCGUCACUACCCCAGUCAACAAUGAAAAACCUAAUAUCUCCUCAAAAGGUCUUCGAGGUCGUUCCAAAAGUACCUCAUUAAAACCUUCUCGCUUUCAAUCACACAAUCAACUUAUCAUUGGAGCUGUUGUCAUAGCCCAGAUUGCCUCUCUAGUCCUCAUGGCUUUCUACUAUAAAUCCAUGUACUCUGUCUCUCCAUAUGGCUGCUGUGCUCUGGUAUCGUUUCUUCUCUGCGGCUUUUCUCAAGGCCUAUUGCAAGCCAUUGUUCAUCGCAGACUCCACAUCAUGGGUCUACUCAAAUACUACUGUUAUGGCGUGCUUAACGGGCUUUGGACAAAGUGGUGGACUGAUAACCUCAUGGAGGCUGUUGAGCAUGUACCUCUGCGUGUUUUAUUAGACCAGACAAUAGGAAAUCCUAUCAACUUGCUCAUCUUUUUCACUUUUGUUUCCUAUUGGGACGGAAGAGACAUUGAAUCCUACUUUCACCAAACUUAUUUCAAAAUGCUCAAAACAAGCUACAUAAUUUGGCCCUUUGCAUCGACCAUCCAAUUCUUUUUUUUGGAUCCUAGGUUCCUAGUUCCCUUUAACAGUCUGGUCAAUGUUUUUUGGACUGUUAUUUUGGGUAUUAUAGCAGGCUGA